AUGAGGAGCUCCUCAAGCCCGCUGUGGGCGGUCGCGAAACUAUUCACCCUCCUUGUUGCAGCAUGUGCGCUACUGCUGUCUAGCGGGGUCUCCGCCCGCUCCACUCGUCCCCCUCCAGUUAAACGAGUACACCACCCCGCCGGCUCCAGCAUCAACAUCCUUCCUCGCACCGUGGCCAAUGGCCUCAACGCCCGCUGGGGAAUCGCUCCCAGGUCCAACACGCUCAGACACGAUGACACCCUUAUGUUGACACUCUCGGUGCCCUCGCUGUUUCAGCGCAACGUCUCGCUCAUUCUCCGCCCCAACUUGGACAUGUUCCACCCGCAAGCCAAGUUCACCGUCCAGGGCGAGGAGGAUACGCCGUUGCGAGCCGAGGACUGGCGCCUGUACCAUGGCGAUGUGAUCCGUCCGUCCUACGCUCAGCGCGCCUGGGCCGAGGUCAAUGCUGGACUCGAGCCGAACCCUCGAAUGAUUGUCGGAGACGCGGCCGUCAUGGUCCACGAGUACGACGAGCACAACGUUCAGUGGGAGGGCUCGUUCCAGUUCUACCGCCGCACCUACCACGUCCUCACCCGACAGAACUACAUGCUGUCGAAGCACGAGCUCGACGCCGACCUCGAGCCGGUCGAGUUUGGAAAUGACAUGGUGAUUUGGACGGACAACGACAUUGAUGGCGACUGGAUGAACGAGGAUCUCAUGGAGCCGACGUACGAGGAACUCAUCCGUCGCGGCGACAUGGGUGGUGCCGGCAGCAACGAGAACUACGCCAAGUACAUCGGAUCCACCAAAGGAUGCCCGGAGACCCAGAACCUCGUGUACGCCGGUGUCGCGCUUCACUCGAGCUACAUCCAGCAGACGAACGGCACCAACUCCGCCAAGUCCAAGGUUCUGAACGACUUCAACCAGAUUUCUGCCCUCUUCAAGAAGAACCUGAAGAUUUCCAUCGGUCUCACUGAGAUGUACAAUGCCGGCUCUGACACGUCUGGAUGGCAGAGCGAGUGCAGCGACAAGAUUCUGCUCGAGGACCGUCUCAGCAUGUUCAGCCAAUGGAUGGGCGAGAACCGUGCGGACGACCCUACUGGCUUCUGGCACAUGAUGAGCUGCACGGACUCGACUUGCGGCAGUUCCGCUACUACUGUCAAGGGAUGCUGCCCUUACACUACCACCGAGUGCAAUGCGGACGGCCGUUUCAUCAUGAACCCCGAAUCGAACGGAACUCAGACCGAGUUCUCGAAGUGCACCGUCGGCAACAUCUGUCACUGGAUAGAAACCAACGUCACUACUACUGCCGACAAGUUCCAGGACAACAUUUGGGGUGGUCUCUUCGUUGAGCCUCCUGGACCGCAGAAGAUCAUUUCUGAGAAGUCGUGUGGUAACGGAAUCGUCGAGGACGGAGAGCAGUGUGACCCCGGAAUCGGCAACUCGACCUGCUGCACUUCUGGUGAGUUAGGCGGCGUGGAUAUGGCUGACCCUCAGAAUGCAAGUACGCCCCCGGAGCCGUCUGCGACCCGAAUAGUGACGAGUGUUGCCAAGACAACUGUCAGUUCAAGUCUGCGGGCACCGUCUGUCGCAAGGCUCUCAGCCCGGAGUGUGACACCGAGGAGAAGUGCACUGGUAACAGUGGCAAGUGCCCGAAGGACGAGAGGAAGGAGGACGGCGCAAAGUGCGGCGAUGGUCUCUCGUGCGCCAGUGGUCGCUGCACGUCCCUUAACUCAAAGCAUGAACAUGACCGAAGCCUGCGGGCAGCGUAACGAUCAGUCCUGCAAGGUGUGGUGCAAGUCUGGCCCCAACCAGUGCAACGGUGGCACGACGCCUCUUCUCGAUGGUUCUCCCUGCGGUUACGGCGGCAAGUGCUACGGCGGUAGCUGCAAGAAGGGCACGUGGCAGCAGCAGCUGUCGGCGAUGUACAGGGAGAACCUGCAGUACUCGGUUCCGAUCACUGUCGUGGUUGGCCUGCUCAUCCUCGCCAUUCUAUGGUCGCUGCUCCGCUGUAUGUUUCGCUGCUGUGGUGCGGGCAGUCAUAAGAACAAGAGGAAGCCUUACGAAACCCGAGGCCCAGCUCCCCCCAUGGUGAUCGCAAGCAACAACGACCUCUCCGGCCCCGAGUACAGCGCCGGCAACCCUCUUCUUGCGGCCCCGGCUAGCGGCCACAGCCGCAACGUGUCGGGCGCCUCGGACCAAAACGUCCCCAUGCAAGAGCUCAACAGCUACAACAACUACAACAACUACAACCGCGGGUAUGACAACUACGCGCCGGCUGGAUACAAUGACCCGUACCAGCACGAGCCGAAUCUGUACUACCAAGGCCCCCCAGGUACUCAGACUCCCGACGCCGAUCCGUAUGCUAAAGGACCAGUGGAGAACCGCUACCAGGACGGUGACUGGAUCGACCAGCGCCCGCCCAACAAUGCGCGCAGGAACGACUUCUAA